CAAGAUGAGGUUCACCUUCUUCCUGGUCGUGGCCGUGAUGGUGCUCGCCGCCGCCAACGGCGGGCGCAUCCGCAGGCAGUUCGGACUGGGCGGUCUGGGCGGCUUCGGAGGCUCAGGCUCGCAGGCCGGCGCUUCUUCUGGCUCCCUGGGCUUCAACUCCCCGUUCGGAGGCAUCUCCGGGUCCGUGUCCGGCGCGCAGGCCAGCAGCGGCUCCUUCGGCGGCGGCCUCGGCGGCUUCGGCGGCUUCGGUCGCUAAGAACAACAAGGCCCCGCCUGGCACCGCCACCACGGGAGCCCAGUCCCUGUGGCUCCUCACGGCGUCGCUCGCACCCGUUUCGAAUAAAACAGAAAAAGUAAACCAUUUGUUGAUUUCGCCCUCCCAAGGAACUGUCAUAAAAAUAACUUGCCACAAGAGUGAGUCGAUUCGACGAUGGAAUUGAAAACACGAGUUGCACCACAGCAUUGUAUCUCUGCAGAGCACCAAUGUUUUCUGCCUCUCGGCAAUGGGUGAGGGGGAAGUCAAAAGAAGUACUUAUGGCAAUACGAUAAUCUUAUAUUUAAUCACAACCUUUGUUUCCGAGCACAUUCAUAGCUGACUAAUAAAAGAAAACAAUGUUUAAUAAAACCUUAUUGUCAUUUUUAAAAUUGUCAUCGCUAUGGCACACAUUGAAUGCCAUUAGGAAAAUUGAUAACUCACUCUCAAACAAACUAAUUCGGACACUCACUUACCCAUUCACUCAAUCACUCACACAUACACAUAAAACAUUCUCACACGCAUUCAUGAGUCAGGCCCUCUAACUUACUACAGCCUAAACUAUCUAUUGGUACUCUUGUGAUCA